AUUAUUUCUCCCUGAAUUAGAUUUAAAACUUUAUGAGAUACUGGAAGUCAUUGAGAAGUCAAAGAUGAUCGAUGUUAAAAUCUGCACUUUGUGCUUCCUCAUGGGUGCCUUCAUCAUGGGGAUAGAUUCAGCGAGUUGCUGUCUCAAGUACACUCAACGGCAAAUACGCUGUAAAAUUCUGAAACACUACCACAUCCAAGACAUCACUCGCAGCUGUGACAUCCCAGCUAUAAUCUUUUACAUGGACAAUGGAAAAUCAGUUUGCGCUGAUCCAGAAAAACCAUGGGUGCAAAGAAUUGUCAAACGCCUUGACUUUAAAGCAGCAAUGGUGAAGACUGACAGCAAGAGAACCCAAAAAUGAACCCUGC